AUGACAAUGUUGAAGCUUUUUGGAAUUCUCUUUUUCUGUGGCCUCUUCUCACCAUCUCAAGAAGUCUUGUCCGGCCUGUCCUGCGCCGUCAGUCCAGGGGCAAUGCAGAAUGUUCUCUCGGAGGCCAUAAUUCAGAAGGGGCUCCUCCAGCAGCACCUGCAGGGCAUGGUGGUCCCAAACAUCGUGGGUGAAGGGGGUCUGCUGAACUCUCCCACCAGCAUCACCGGCCUGCACCUUGUCAGGGUCCGGCUCCCCAAGCUCUUCGUGGUGCUGCUGCCGGGAAUCGGGGUCCAGCUGACCAUCGUCACAAAGCUGGAGCUCAGUGGCAACUGCUUGGUUGGCCUUCUUUCAGACCUGAUUGAUAUCUUGGUGGAUGUGAACAUUACUGCAAACAUUAAAUGCACAAAUUUCGAAUCGGGCGCAGUCCAGGUCGUCGUUGAAGACUGCCUCUGUGUUCUUGGUACCAUAAAGAUCAAGGUCCUUUCUGGCAUACUCUCCCUCUCAGUCAAUGAGAUAGUGGUGAAGCAGCUGACAGCAACUCUGCCCGGUUUGCUCUGCCCAGUAGUUCACAUUGUGGUCAACCUUGUGAACAUCCAGCUCAUGGGCACUCUCAAUGCGGUGGUCCCAGUUGGCACAGCAGGAACGAUUCACUACCAGCUGGCCAGCCUCCCCUUCACCUCUGGCUUGUUCCUUGGCUUGGAUUUAGACGGUGCAGUGAAGCAGGUGGGAGGAGGCAUCAUCCCCCACGACUCAUCCCCCUCGGCUUUGCCUCCGCUGCUGGGCAAGUUUCUGGCCUUGGGACUGCGCCAGAGCUUUCUCAACGCGAUCCUGUCCCUCCUGAUCCAGAUAUCACCGCAGACCUUCACCUGCACACCAGAAAGUUGCUCCUCCUGCCCUGGGACCAGUGGCCUGAGCAUUACGCUGGCAUUGUCUGGGAAGCCACUCAUCCUCUUGGAAGAGAACAAAGCCACCGUCGAGCUUUCAGUCAUGAUUCAGGUGUUCAUUAAGGGUUCGGAUGGAUCCAUCAUCAACCUCCUGCUGCUGAAGGCUGACCUCGGUCUGAAUGCCCACGCGUCGAUCGUUGGAGGCAGACUGGUGCUGGGCUUGUCCCUGGGCAGCAUAUUGCUCUCCUUGGAGUCUUCUGACGUUGGCAUCAGUAACAUCUCGAACUUGAAGCCCCACUGCAGUGCUCUGCUCGUGGAAACAUUGCUGCCCCGUAUCAACGCCUGUCUGAGCAUCGGCAUCCCUCUGCCAAACGUGCUGGGCAUCCCCUUCAUCAAGGUGGAUAUUCGGAUAUUGUUGGUGAUCGUGAAGGGGCUGCUGGGGACAACACUGGCCGGGCAGCGGUGCCAGGGGGCCGAUGCCAAGAGCAGGGCUGGGACAGGAAGCCGCUAG